CCUCGGCUCAGUGCCCGCCCACGUGGGGGGCUCAGGCAGCGGCGGCGCUCGGACCGAGCUGAUCCCACGUGUGACGAGCUCAUUCUCGGCUGCGAGUCGACUCUCUGAGCGGGGCUGAUCUCUCUAUUUUUUUGUGGGGGGAGCUCCGCGCGUGUGUCUAUGUGUGUUUGUCCUUUUUAGUUGCUAGAUCAUGGAGGCAGACGGCAGCCAAGCCACCUCUGGCAGUCCCAGCGACUCGCAACAUGACCCAGGUAAAAUGUUUAUCGGCGGCCUCAGCUGGCAGACAUCACCAGACAGCCUUAGGGACUAUUUCAGUAAAUUUGGCGAAAUCAGAGAGUGUAUGGUAAUGCGAGAUCCGACCACGAAACGAUCCAGAGGCUUCGGUUUCGUUACGUUUGCCGAUUCUGCAAGUGUAGAUAAAGUCUUAGCUCAGCCCCAUCACGAACUAGAUUCAAAGACGAUUGACCCAAAGGUUGCAUUUCCUCGAAGAACACAACCCAAGAUGGUCACUCGAACAAAGAAAAUAUUUGUAGGCGGAUUAUCUGCGAACACAGUAGUGGAUGACGUAAAGCAGUACUUUGAGCAGUUUGGCAAGGUAGAGGAUGCCAUGCUGAUGUUUGAUAAGACAACAAACAGGCAUAGAGGAUUUGGCUUUGUCACUUUUGAAAAUGAAGAAGUUGUUGAAAAAGUCUGUGAAAUCCAUUUCCACGAAAUCAAUAACAAAAUGGUAGAAUGUAAGAAAGCACAGCCGAAGGAAGUAAUGUUCCCCCCAGGAACUCGAGGCCGUCCACGGGGCUUGCCUUACACCAUGGAUGCGUUCAUGUUGGGUAUGGGUAUGCUGGGUUACCCAAACUUUGUUGCAACGUACGGUCGUGGAUACCCAGGAUUUACACCAGGCUACAGCUACCAGUUCCCAGGCUUUCCCGCAGCAGCCUAUGGCCCAGUGGCAGCAGCAACGGCAGCGACGCGAGGCUCAGGUAGGGGCACCCGCGGAAGAGGCGGCUACGUGGCAUACCCUCAGAAUGUACGGGCAGGGUUCCCCGAUUACGGUUUCUAUUCCACGCCCGGUGAUCAGCGGGCUUCGUACUCGUUUGCGGACUACAGCUCGGUCGGACUGCGGGCCACUCAGAUGCUACGCAGUGAGCAUAUUCCGGCAGCGAGCAGCCCUUCCCUGCACCACCUGUCCAACCCGGAUCAGUUUAAGAACCCAGGGUCCACACCAGGAUUAAACAACCAGCUGCUAGCGUGGCCCCAACCUCUGGUAAAAAUGACAGUCCUGAAUAGCUACAGCGCUCAGCCGAAUUAUGGCGCCCCUGCUUCCCCAGUAGGCACCAACCCUGCCCGGCAUGGUGGAUUCCCUGGAGCCAACAGCCCUGGCCCAGUGGCUGAGAUCUAUGGCACGGCCAGUCAAGACUCUGGUGUUGGUAACUACAUAAGCGCCACCAGCCCCCAGCCUGGCUCCGGUUUUGGACACAGCAUCGGGGGGCCAUUGAUUGCGACUGCAUUUACAAACGGAUACCAUUGAAAGCAGACAGGUGUUGGUUGGUUGCCAUCUCAGGUUUGAGAGUUUAUCUCUAGGAGCUCAAGGCAAGCCCGGGCGACCUUUCUGACUGGUCCCAGAUUCAGGUGAUGUCAUCAAAGCGAAGCAGAAGCCUAAAGAUAACGAGCACUACAUAUUUCUUCACUGAGCAGCAAAAGCUGGAGGUGGCUUUCAGUGGACAUAAUGUGUUAGAACUUGCAUCAUCUCAGUGGUCUACUGUAUUAUAAUAAUCUUAGGAUUAAAAAAAAAGAGAAAAUGGCAUUUUAACUGAUUAAUAAUAAUAGUCUUUUUAGUGUUUCUUGAUUUAUUUUGAAAUUAAUUUUGAAUCACAGAUUUUUUGCCUCCUUUUUGUGUUAUGUAGUGAUGUAGUUCUUAGUCUGUGUAUUAUAGUUCUGAAAUACCAUUAAUUCUGCACUGUAAUCUCUUCAGACUUUGUGUGUGUGUAUGUGUGUGUGUGCGCGCAUGCGUGCGUGUGUGUGCGCGCACAUGCAAUUAUCUGUCUGGGAAAAAGCUUCCUAUUCCUGUUAGUAACAGCCCCUCCACCACCCGCUCUCACCCCAUCCCACCUGUCCCGCUUCCACUAACCACCACCCCCUCACCCCUGGGGUUUUACUGAUUUGCUGGAAUGGUAAACGAGGGAGAGAGAGCGAGCAGGGGAGGUCAGGGACAUGGCUGAGCUGAAGUUAAUACUGGUAAAGGAGGCAGUGAAGAUUGUCUUCUUGUUGGAGGGAGGGUGAGUGGUGGGGACAUUGGGUGAGUUACUUUCUGGAGACACUGAAACAGGACAAGGGAGAAUCUGCCCUGCUUCUUAAUGUUAACGUCAAUAAGGAGCAGAGAAGUAGCUUGACGAGCAACCAGAAAUAAAUCUAUUUUUUUUGUUCUGUGACAGUAUCUUAAUCAGCUCUACUUUUGGCAAUAAGGUCGGGACUGUGAAAAUUCUUUUCCUGAUCGUUUUUCUAUAAGUGCCGUUUUCUCACAUUUUUUGAGGCUUUUAUUGGGUCGCCGUUUAAAAAAAAAGAGGUGUUUGGAGUUUAUUUUAUUGUUGUUGUGAAUUCUCGAAUACUGUAAAUAACAAUUCCAAGUAGCUGGAUUUAUUCUAUUCAAAGAGAGAGAGAUUGAGCGAGAGAGAGAGAGAGAGAGAGAGAGAUGGGGUACAAAUAUUUGGGGUUUGGUUUUUUGAAAUUGGUGCUGCUUCAGGGUAGUGAUGAACUUGACGAAAUAAGGGUUCUCAAACUGGGAGUGAGUUGGGAAUCCCGCCAAGUCUGAUCACCCAAGCUGCCCUUGGAUGAUACCUAGUUCAACACUGUACAGCCUGCUCUGUAGUUAUCUCCAAUAGAACUGUUGUCUGCCCUCAAAUCAUUACGUUAGUUUCCGGUCGAUUUCAGGCCCAGGCCAACACAAGAGAGACAGAUGCCUUCAGCUGUUAGACUGGCGUUACCUCAAUUGUGUAGUUUUUAAAAAGAAACCAAUUGAAUAUUUCACAUCAGGAAUGAAAAAAAUACUUUUCACUUCAUUGUCUGAAAUAGAUGAAAUUAAAUGCUAAUUUAUACGAUUCAAUUAAUUAAAUCAUUAAUUAUUUUAUGAAAAGGGGGAAGGCUUGGAAUUUCCCUUUUAGCCUUGGAAUUAACUGUAGCCUUUUUAAUUUUUUUUCACAUUUCAGGCAUUAAUCUAAUCUCUCCUUAAUCUAAAUGUUAGGUAAGAAUCCUGCCAUUGGAAGUGUUGCCUGUCUAACCAUGCUGAGUGGCAGCACUACUCACAGACACCUUUUAUCCACGUACUGAAAUAGUGCAAAAACACGAGUUAUUUUACGAAUACCUCAGUGCUGUAUUGGUUUCAGCAUAGAAGCAUUCUAAAGAUUAAUUUAUUGUAGACGUAAAGAUAAUUAAAAAUUUAAAAAAAACAUUUUUGCACUGUGAUUAGUAGGAAGCAACUGACAAUUCCUAUUUGCACAUGUUCAUUACUUGGCAUUUUACCUUUGCUCGCCUUCGACGGGGGGCAAGGUGUGAAGGAUAUUCGAAUUUCUUUUUAUUUGUAAACGUUUGUUUUUUUAAUAAUUAAAUUGGGACAAGUAAGGCUAGGGUGGCAUCUUGUUCGGUGGAGCAAUUGGAACAGGAUUGAUAAAGGUUAAGUUAACGAGUCUUACUACCUUUAUAAAGCAAUGCCACAUCUUUAGUUUUAGAGAGACAAAUAAGUAACACCUUGACACGCAGAAACUGGUACUAAAGACCCUUUGUUAACACACUGUUAAAUAGUUGAGAAAACUAUUACAAAGCGUAGCUGCUGCACUCCUGAAUGACUGGGUUUCAGACUGAUACAAGCCUGACUAGGGAUUGAAGCCAGUGUCUAUCGUGAUGGUCAUAUUAUUACAACGUUAGAUUUUUGGUGGAUUCUUGACAGGGUUUUUUUUAUUUUCGUUAGAGAAACCCCUGUUCUAUUAUUUUGCCUUCGGAACAACUGGUUUGUAAAACGCUGAAAAUGUUUGAGAUUUUUGUAAAUGAGAAAAGACUUGUUUGAGGAGUGAAAACAAGAAAUAAUAAUACACAUUUUAAAAGUAAAAGGUUGUUCUUGGAAUUAAAGUGGUUCCCUAAAUUCAGAUUACAAUUAGGGAACAUUUGUAUUGAUAUACAUACAUAAUAUAAAUAUAUAUAUUAUAUAUAUUUUUGGGGGGUUGUUGAUAAUUCUGUACUGUAUUUCCUAGAUUAUUUCAUUAACCCUUCCUUCCCUUUCACGUCACGGAGAUACAUUUCCCCUCCUGCUAACACCACCCCCCCCCCCCACUUCCUCCUCCUCCUCUGCCCCAUUCCUCCUCCCCCAGGUCAUUAGACAUCGAUGUAUUUUUUGCUAGUGUGUACAAUUGCUAUUGUUCUGGAGUGCUGUCUUUGAUGCUUAGCCUAGUGAUUUUUAAGACAAAAUUAAUUCUCUCUCCAAUAAUAAAUCUUGUGUUAGUAGUAGAUGUAUUGUAACUUUAAAAAAAAGUUUAAAAAAAGCUUUUUUUAAAAAAAAAUAAAAGUUAAAUACAAACUAUUAGAUGUAGUUAAGUGAGAUCUAGGACCGGUAAGGAUAGGAUUUCCUGUAUUUAAUAAUUAAUAAUUAAAAGAUAAAGGCAAAUACUAACCAUAAUAAUGUUGGGGCAAUUCUGCUGAUCUGACGUGGUUUCAAUGAACCAAAGCUUUCAUAAACAUUUUAAUGCUGGCCAAUUGGAAGGCAUUAAGUGGAUUCCCCACCCUUGUCUCUUAAAAGGGUCGCCAUACUACCUUAAAUGCUAAUGCUAGAUAUGCAAGACUGGGUUUUUAUUAUUUUUAAGAGGGACGCAAGCUAUAAUUAUGAAAAUGAUUUUAUUAAGAAAAGAAUCCAUAUUUUUUUAAAAGCUCAGAUGAAAUUGAUAAAAAAAAGUGAUUGUGUGAUAAGUUUUAAUGUUUAUAUACACAUAAACCACUGUCCCAGUGACCCACAGCACAAAUAUUUUUCAAGAAAUAAAGUAUGUUUUGACGUGUCUGCCUAUAUAGUAAGGUUUCCUUUAGUUCUCACUCGUCUAAAGCAUUGGGUUUGUUAAGGUUUUUUUUGUGACUGAAUUCUGUCACUUUAAGACAGUCCAUAUGGUUUAUUUUUGAUUUUUAAUUUGAUCUGUAGCUUGGACUUUAAGGUAGCAUGGCUCUGUAAUUUGCUCAAGUUUUAUUUUUCAUUGUACAGCAGUUAACAGCUGAUGAAUGUUAUACAUCUUGCUUAGGCUAGUUUCAAUUCAUUGGGUAAGUGUUGGUGAUUUUGUUCCUUUGACCUGAAAGGUGUUUGACUAAACUCGCUGAUUGGACUUGGAACGUGAGGUGGCAGGGCCGGAUGUGGGCAGGGGACCCAGGGUGGGUCACUGUGACGGGGAUGUUCUGGGCACACUCUGAGUCCAGUGCCCUUCGUUCCAUGUGGCACGCUCAAAUCGUGAUAGCCCCCGCCUUAGAGUGACCGCCCAGGGUUUAAAAUGGCGGACGGUGGGGGUGGGGGGGGGGGGAUACUGUGACCAAGGUCACACAAGAUUUGGAAUCGGUUCUGGGUUGAGAAGCUGGGCGUGUCACCCCUUCCCCCCCACCCCUCCGCAUCUGGUCUCAGUAGCUCUAUUGUUGUGGCAUCAGGGAAUGAAUUCUUUGGCUCAUCGUGACCAAUUUUUCCUGGAACUGUCAGUGAACUUCUUGGGGACAUUCUGAAGAGGUGUAAAGGCUCUGUAAAAUCUAACCCUUUCCUUUAACUUCUGAAUUGCACAUCUAUUGGCUCUUUCAACUGGACAUUCCAGAGUUGGCAAGCAGGACAAGCAGGGUAGAUUUGUGGGGAAGUGAAAGUGGCCUGGAACUGUGUAUUGGUGAGGAGUUGUUUCAUGUGUUCAGGACAAAAUUGGCAGCACUAGUGAUUUAACUGUAAGGAAAUUCAAGUUGCUUCCACUCCUAAAGACAUCCCUCCACUUGCACGGAGAAGACCAGAGAGUGGCUCUUGUGUAGAAUGCCCGUACAGUGCACUGAUUAGAGCCCGGUGACCAGCUCCGUCUUUUGACUGAAGACUGAGCAGAGGCCACACAAGAUGUAGCGUCUGCCUUUCCUCACUGUGUUCCAAGCCUCCCUAUCUCAGUUCAGAGGACGAUGUCACAAUCUCCUUCCCUGGUGCCGUGUAAUUUGUUGUCAGAGUAUGUAUAUGGCACCAGAUACAACCCCAAGAUCAUUUUCUUGCAGGCAUUUGCAGGAAAAUAAAGAGAUGCGAUGGAAUUUAUGAAAAAUUAUGCGUAAGGGAAAACUGAUAAACAGCCAACAUGCAAACAAAGACAAAUUGCGCAAAUGGAAUAUAAGCAGUACUAAGAACAUGAGUUUGGGAUGUGGAGUCCUUGAAAGUGAGUCUGUGGGUUGUGGAAUCAGUUCAGCGUUGGGGUGAGUGAAGUUAUCCACUCCAGCUCAGGAGCCUGAUGGUUGAAGGGUAGGAACUGUUCCUGAUCAACACGUACGUGAUGAUUUGACCACAGCAUCUGCAGUAUACUUUGUGUUUACUAUUCGGAACUGUUCCUGAACCUGGUGGUGUGGGACCUGAGACUCCUGUACCUCCUACCUGAUGACAGUUGUGAAUUAGGACAUGGCCUCUUGUUUGCUGCCUGUCAGUACCCUCAUGGACUGCAUCCCAGUUACCCUUCCUCACCCUGGGCAGAAAUGAUAAACCAGGUUCGUCUUCCUUGAAACUCGUGUUGCUUUGGGGCAAGUUGCUGGCUUCCGAUAUUGAGCAGAAGACUGCGGUUCCAAUGAAAAGGCUUUGUCCUUGGACGGGGAGGUCUUUGACAUCCACCAAGUGCCGAUAGAAGGCCUUCAUCAGGACCGACACCCCUGCAUUUGUUCUCUUCCCCUCCCCCACCAUUUCUUCAUAUAAUCCACCGGCACAUCGCAUUUCAUCCGCAGAAUUUUUCAACAGGUGGUCAACCGUCAAUCUGAAGAGGACAAAUCCAAGUUGUUUGCUGAGGGAGGGUUGGAUGUUGGGGUCUGGCCACAGUCCUGCUGUUUCUGCUAAGCACUGCUCACUAGUUUCUUUGCCCAGUGUUGUACGCUCGGGAGUUUGGGUUGCAGAUGGAACGAUGAAGGUUUGUGAACUGCCUCUGAUAACAUGGUGCACGGAUGUAGGGGAGCCCAAGGCAUUUUGAGUGAAGCGUAGGGAAAUAGAGGCGAGCGGGUGGACUAUCGGUGCACGAGGCACUGCAGAUGCUGGAAUCUGCUGGAAGAGGCCAGUGGUGUGAGGGGCGGGGAAGUAAUCGUCAGUGUUUUGGUCAGAACCACGCAGGGUCUCAACCUGAAGCCAGAAACGCAGACAAUUCCUUCCCUUCUGCACCCCACAGACGCUGCUCGGCUCACUGAGCAUCUCUAGCAGGUAGUUCCUCUUGGUGGAUUAUUCUUGGGUGAGCUUUCCUCACAUUUCCGAAUUCCAUGCUGGAAAAUUUCCUCUCUGCCCCAACACAGACUCAACACCAUGACACUCCUCACAACUCCCUGCCCGGUGCAAACCACCUCCAUAGCUGUCUCCAGGUAUCAGCUGUCCAGGGUUCAAAUCCCAAUCCGGGGAACUCGAGCACAAAAGUCCGGGCUGUCUUAAAUGCCCCCCCCUCACCCCUCAUGGAGAAUAUGGUGCUAUCCUUUGGGUGGAAGGUUCAAACCCAGCUGCCUCAACUCAUUCAGCAUUGACUAGACGGGCCGAAGAGCCCGUUUCUGUGCUUGAAGAUUCUAUGAACGGAUGAGGAAGGUCCCGUGGAAGCUUCGCCCAUCAGAUAUGAAUGUCACCUGUCAUUAUCAUGUUGUUAGUGGGAUCUUGCUGUGCAGUAAUGUGCUUCCUUCGUUGCAGCCAGUCCUACGCAAUGGAAGUACUGCCGUGGCCAGAGAUUCGUGGAAGACGCUACAAAACCUGUGGUCGUGUUUGAACUUCCCUGGCUUUUACACAACCUUGUUGUUAAUACAUCACACCAGGCUUCCUGGGGGCUGCGGGGAGUUGCACACCUCGUGUCCCCCCUCCCCCAUCACCACAGUUCUUCCCAGACCUGGAGAUGGAAAGCCCCAGCCAAAAGAGAGUGCUUCCGUUAAUCAUCGACACAGCAAGUGACGACGUCGGACAACAGUGCGUGUGUGGCACACCGCCGCCUGCAAGACGAGAGUGGGAAGUUUCGCUGGUCACCGAACCUUGUGUUCCUGACUAUUUCAGGUAGUAAAUACUCAGAAAGUACUAGAAGUACUUUCCACACACCUCCCACCUCGGCAACUCCUCUCUGUAACAACAGAAUCUUGUAAACCACAGAUUUCUCUACUGAAAGUAAAUGAACAUUCAAAGAGUGUCAGAUGCCAGGAAAAUCAAGAGACAUGAGAACUGGAGAAGGGAAUUGUUCCAGAGCACAGGAUGGUGGCUUUGGUAGUCUGGAUCACCAGCUUUAUUUCCUGUCAACAGCUGUGGGCUUCCACUGAUCCCACUGCCUUCCAUAACUUUGCAGAUCUCGGGAGUGACGGGCGCUGAGAGACCAAGUUCACCUUUGAAGCAGGAUAGGAGUAAGAGUUUAAAAUCGCAUGCAAAGUUAAAGCUAGGACUCUGGGAGCCAUUGGCCACUGUCUCACUGCAUUCUCCACCCCAGGCGCUCUGCUCCGAGUUAGGUCACGGGAAGCAAGGCGGAGGAAAACAUUUAAGGAUGUGGACAGAAUCUCCUGGAGGAAAGGCAACAUUCCCAGUGAUUCCCGGAAACGUCUGGCCUACAGUCGGCACGAAGCGCAGAGGGAGCAGUUGGGGUGAUGUCAAGAACCUCGAGUCCCUGCAUCAGAUGCACUCAGAAGUCCUCAGUAAGCUUCUCAGAGAAUACCUGCUCUAGUGGGGCAUCUCCCGUUGUGUCUGUGAAAGACCCGGGUAAAUGGAACUAACCCAAUCGGGCAACUUGCUCAGCAGGGACGGACUGGGCCAGCAACCUGCUUCUGUGACGUAUAGCUCUUACCACACGACGGCUCAGAUCUCGACCCCGUCACCCACCCCAGGAUGCACAAGGCCAGUGUAAUCCUCCAUCCCGAGGAAGGAGAUCCCAAAUGCUCAAUAGUCUGAAGAAACUUCUGAUGAAGGGUCUGUGGUGAACUACAUACACCUGUCUGGACACGCCACCCCCCCCCGCUGACUGCUCCUGUGGCUCCUCCCACUGACCCCGGUAUAAAGGCGAUUGGGGCCUGAGCCCUGCCCUCAGUCUCCAGGAUGUAGUACGGUGGUCAAUUACUGCUUGUCCUUUCUUCCAGCCAAUAAAAGCUUACAGCUCGCCUCACGUCUCAGAGAGUUAUUGAUGGUGCAUCAGGGUCCCAGCCUGAAACGUCAACUGUUCAUUUUCCUCCAUUGAUGCUGCCUGACCUGCUGAGUUACUCCAGUGUUUUAACAUAGAACACAGCACAGCACAGGCCCACGGUCCUUUCAUCUACUCCAUGAUCAAUCUAACCCUUCCCUCCCACAUAGCCUUCCAUUUUUCUAUCAUAAUGUGCCUACCCAAGAGUCUCUUAAGUGUCCCAAAGGUGUAUCUACCUCUAUCACCAACCCUGACAGCACGUUCAAUGCUCCCAACACUUUCUGUGUAGAUAGAAAACUACCCCUGAUAAACUUUCCUCCAAUCCCAUUAAAAUUAUCUCCUCUGUUAGUAGACAUUUCCACCCUGAGAGAAAGGAAUAUUCUAUAUGUAUGCUUUACCCCUAAGCUGCUUUGUUCGUUCUGACCGGCCCCCUCCUCAAUCUCAGCAACCCAUUCCAAACUGAGGCAUGGUGGGACGUGCUGAGGUUUCAGAAGGCAGCACCAAAUGCAAAGUUGCUUUCACACACAAACAAAAAUAAAGAACAUUGCUAAAUCCAAGCACAGACAAGGUCUCGGUUUCCCCUCUAGGUUCCUCUGCCCAAAUCAAACUGCCGCUUUCCUUGUCCUGUUGCCUCUAGAUUGUUUUAGACUGAAUCAGGCUGACCAUCACUGAUGUACGUCGUGAGAUUUGUUGUUGUGUGGCAGCAGAACAGUGCAAUACAUUAAAAAGUUACUACGGUAGAAUACGAAGUAUGGUAUAAAAAAUAAAUUAGUGCAAAAGAGAGCAAGAAGUGAGGUAGAGUUCGUGGGUUCCUGGUCCGUUCAAAAAUCUGUUGGUGCAAGGGAAGAAGCCGUUCCUAAAACAUUGAGUAUAUGUCUUCAGAUUCCUGCACCAGCUCCUUGAUGGUAAUAAUGAGAAGAGGGCAUGUCUCAGAUAGUGAAGGCCCUUAAUGGGCAAUGCUGCCUUCUUGAGGUAUUGCCUAUUGAAGAUUUCCUCGAUGGUGGAGGAGGCUGGUGUCCAUGAUGGAACUGGCUGAGUCGACAAGCCCCUGCAGCUUUUUUCUGAUCCUGUACAAUGGCCCCUCCAUGCCAGAUGGUGACGCGGCCCGUUAGAACGCUCUCCACUGUAUUUUGCUUUGGUGACAUACCAAAUCUCCUCAGCUUCCUAAAGAAGUAAAGCUGCUGGCGUGCCCUUGUUCGCGAUUGCAUCGAUGUGUUGGGCCCAGCAUCCAUCCUCAGAGAUGUUCACCCUUUCCACUGCCGAUCCCUCGAUGAGGACUGGUGUGUGAUCCCUCGACUGCACCCUCCUGAAGCUACGCUUUGUGUUCCCUUCUUCUGCAGCUGGGGAAGCCAUCAGCAGUCACCACGAAAACAAAAACUAAAUCACCAUCUUCCUGUGAAUUCCUCCCUCAGAAAAGGAAUUGUAUUGAGAAACCUUCAAAGUGAUUUUUACUACUGAGGUGAGCAAUGAUGGUGCUGAAGGUUUUCUGUUGUGUCUGCCCAGAUGGGAGUACGAUGGACACAAGAGAUUAUUUUUGCCUCAGAUAGCAUCAAAGAUGGGAUUUUGGCCCCAUCAGCUGGGGCUGGAUUGAAUUGCUGUCCCCAGUCCAAAGGGGUGACGCACUUACAUCGUGAGCGAAGGGUCAAUUCUGAGGCUCGGAUGCAGUGGCCUGGAUGUCUGGCUAAGGCUGUGCUGGGGUCUUUGACCUUAUUAUGUUAAUAUGAAGACCACCCACCUGCAUCAGGUUGGGAGGUGAGGUCUUCCCUUCCACUCUGCUCCAUCUGGCAAAGGGCAUCGUGCCAAGGAACCUUGUCUUUGAGAUAUCGCAGCACUUUAGAUGCAGGAGUGUUUGGAGCUUGUAUUGUGCCAUCUCUCUGCACAGACCCACUGUGAGAUACACUCCAUGCCUCCCCUUCCAUUCCCGUUCCUCUGAGGUUGACCUCCGAAUUUGCCAUCCCCUGUCUUUGUGGAGACACGAGGGGCUGCAGACGCCGUGUGCUUUGAGCAACACACAAAAUGCUGGAGGAACGCAGCAGGUCAGGCAGCAUCUGUGGUGGGGGGGGGGCAGCCAAGAAGUCCAGAUGAAGCAUCGGUUGACCGUUUCCCUCCGCGGAGGCAGCCCGACUGGCGGAAUCCCUCCAGCAUUUUGUGUGCAUCUCUUCUCUUUAUCCAUCGCCUGCCAGGACCUUUCCGGCCACAUUCAAGAAGGUUGCUGUCAAGUGCAUUAUGGGAAAUGCUGAGGUCAGGAAAGGCUCUACAUGAAUGAAGGGUUGUACUUAUUGAAGUUUUAUCCCGGUUCUGGUGUAGAGCAGGUGAUAACAAUUGACAUUCUUUUGAUUGUUUUACUAAUCUUAGCUCCCAGGCCGAGAAUUAAUCUCAUGCUCCCUGCAUGAUUGUAACCAAUGAGUUCAUCAUUGCCAGCUGGUGGGGAGUGGAAGUUGCCUGCUGACAGAUCAACUGCUUCAGACUGACAUGGGUGGGAAGAGUCCUGUUGACUCAGUCCAUUGCUGGAAGGGAAUGGCCACGCCGCUGGUGGUCAGCGAGAGGUACAGUCCUCAGCUCGCGUAGUGCUCCUCCCUCCAUUUUAGCACAGCUCUCAACCCAGCUGGCUCAGAGUUAAAGACAGCAAUGGUGCCAUUUGACCAGUCUACGGGUGGACUGGCCGCAGGGACAGAUGUCCCCCACUGUGACUCCCUCCCAUCCCCCCUGCCCCUCCGAUCUCACCCCACUACUGAAGUCCAAAGCAGCAACACUGUAAACACAAAUUGUGAAGGCAUCUUUCAGGUCCCUGUGUACGGCUAACUAAGCCCUGUUGUAAAAUAUGUGGAUGGGGCUCUCUCACAUCACAGAUGGGGAAAGUAUAAUUUUAUAUUUGUAUUUUCAAAAUAAUAAAAAAAGUUUGUGAAAGGUUUCCAUCCUCUACGUGGUCCAGAAAUCAAUGUGUUUGUCCGAAAAAUUAAAAAAAUAAAACUGUUUUCAACUCA